CUCUGCUCUCUCACUCAGAGCAGUGUGAGACACAGAGACAGACGCACACGUUCUCUCUCUCUCCCUCUCCUUCACGCGCGCACACACACAUGCUCAUGCACGCAGGCGGCAACUUUCCUCUCUCGGACUGACACAGCACACACGCCGGGAUAGACACUCUCCCCUCGCUACAGUGCAGAAGAGGAUAAAGAGUGACAGAUCAGGAAAAAAAAAAAAAAAAGAAGUACAGAAAAAGAGGAGGUUCCCAGGUGAAGAGGAGGAUCGUGCUGACGUUUCGUCCUGUCCAAGAUGGCAAACCUUGUGACAUCGUUGUGCUGUGUGGUUCUGGCCGCGGUGGUGGUAGCCUAUGCUCAGAGACGCAGUCAGCUUGUUGCUAGGAACCAGUAUGAACGGAUGGGCAGUGAUGUCACCAUGCAGUGCGGCUCCCUGGACAAUGACGCAUCCGUGUCAUGGAAGGUGAACGGGACAGACGUGAAGGCCCAGCACCGUCUAGAGGGUCCCAGACUGAUACUGACCGAGGUGGACCUGGGCCACAACGGACUAUACAGCUGCUUUCAGAACCCGCACGGAGAGAGACGCGACACCAUCUACCUUCACAUCGGCAUUCCCCCUCGGGAGCCCGCAGUCACUUGUCGAUCCAACACCUACCCUAAAGGCUUCUACUGCAGCUGGCAUCAGCUCCACCCCACGUACAUCCCCACUACCUUUGAAGUUGAUGUACAACAUAACCAGCGUUCACUGGAAGUGCAGAAAGACCCGGACCACAAGAAUCGCUGUCGUGUACAUUUUCCUGAGGUCUUCUCCAGCUUCCCUUACACAGUUAAUGUGACGGCAGUCAACGCCUUGGGGAAAGCCUCCACCACCAUUUCCUUCGAUGAGUCCAGUAUAGUCAAACCGGACCCCCCAGAGCGCGUGACGGCAACCCCAAUCCGUUUCAAUGCUCGGAGACUGGAGGUAUCCUGGCAAAGCCCUGCCACCUGGCCUGAUAUUGACAACUUCCCUCUGAAAUACUUCCUUCGAUACCGGCCACUUAUCAGAGAUCAGUGGCAGCAUGUGGAGCUAUCUGACAGCACCUCCCACACCAUCACCGAUGCCUAUGCUGGAAAGGAGUACAUCAUCCAGGUGGCUGCUAAGGACACAGAGAUUGGAACAUGGAGCGACUGGAGUGUUGCCGUCCAUGCUACACCCUGGAUUGAAGAUCCUCUGCCAAUCACUUCCACAACUGAAGUGGACUUUGCUACCGAGACUAAGACUUCUCCCAUACCAUCCUCCAACGCACCACAGAAGGCUGAACCCCCAGUGGGCAGAGCUGCCAGGCUCCUCACAUUUUUCUCUCCUCUGCUGUUAGGAAUGCUGCUGCUGUUCAUGUGAUGUAAAUGUCUUAUUCCUGAAGGCAGUGCGAGGAAGAUGAGAAGGAGGAGGAGGAGGAAGAGGAGCAGGCUGGUCUUUUUUUCUAUUUUGCACAUGUUUCAAGGAUACAGUGCAUUGAUCAUUUCUGUCCAUCACACAGUUACUCACCGAGAUUACUUAGACAUGAAAUCAGACGAUGACAAUGCGAUUUAGCAUUUUUGGAUUAAUGGUGACAAAGAAAUUCUGCAGAGGAACUUUUGAAAGCGGCAUCCUCAUCAUCAUCAUCAACAACCACAGCGACAACAACAGCAGCAGCAGCAGCAGCAACAGGAGCAGCGACAAACCACAGCAGCAGCAGUGAUAUAACAGUCUUGUAUUACCCCCUGGUGGCUUCGAUGGGCCACAGCAGACCUUGUUUGGCAGACAACAGUUUGGUUUUUGGAAAUCUCCUCUUCAGAGAAACAAAUAGCAGCUCCUCAGAUGACAAAAUAAUCUCCUUGUUACCUAUUUUUUUUUUUUUUGCUCUUUUUUUAUUGAUCUAUUGUCUUAAUUUUCACUUUCCUCUGAAAUUACAGCACCAUGCAGACAAACACACACACAUAUAGAGCAUUCCUGUGUGCGUUUGUGUGCAUCGUUUCAGUAGCAGUCCCCAUACAGCUAAAUCAUCAUGCCAAAGACUCAACUUCACCCCAAACGAAAUGGUUCCCGGACGAUUCACUGAGCUUCUCGAAAGCCCGUGUCUGCCUUCGUCGUGGGUUAAAAACCCCAGAGAGAUGUGUUACGUGUGUGAUUGAUACGGACUGAAACGGUACAACACUUGGGACAAAUCUGAGGAAUCCCUCCCCCCAACAGCUCCUGUUUGUGUCAACCCACAAUUUAAAGAAGAAGCCACAAAAACACCCAGUCAGACUCUGAAUCUGUCGACUCCGAAAAGGCCGAAUCAAACAAACGGAGCGAGUCGUUCGUUGGUAUGAGGACUAACACUUUUGAAGAAUUCAGUUAACGGUAGUCUGGCUUAUUUAGACAAUUAGCUUUACACUCUGCUUUCAGCGACUGGCAAAGAGGACCUGGAUUGUAAAAAAAAAUAAUAAUAAAUACAAAAAAAAAAAUAAAGUGGAUUUGAGACUGAA